GAACCUCGUUGGAGAAAUGUCAUAUAACAAAGGUUAGAAGGAGCACAACUGACGACCUUGUCGAACGAAGCUAACAAUAUGCUGCCAAAUUUCGGUUAAAUCUCGCGUGCAAAACAAAGCAAAUCCGACGCGUAAUGGAUCACCGUAAGCAUUUUACAUGCUCGCACAGAAACAACAAUGGGGCAAACGGUAGGACGUAUGCCUCACUCAUGGAUCGAUUUAUUGGAGGAAAAGGAUCGUGUUUUGUAUUGGAGUGGCGAGGUGCUAUCGAGAGUAGCCGACAACGUAAAUCAAGAAGAAUCGUUUCUGAUCGACUACGGUAAUGAGAGCAUCGACAAAAAGGUCGACUCGUGGAUGGAAUCGAAUCAAGCGCGGAUCGACAGGAUUUUCAGUAAACACCCAGACUUGCCGGAAGCGUAUAAAAUAAAAAUAGCGAACGAACUCGAGCAAAUAACAGGAGAGUUGACGUUGCAAAUGAGAAACGACUAUUACCACGGCUACAAGGACAUUGUGAAGUUUACGAAAAAAGUAGAUUCGCUAGGAGAAAGACAGCGUAGGAUACAUGCGAAGAUUCAGAACCUCGAGAACACUUGCCACGGGAGCGUGAAAGAAUUUCAAAGAAAAUUCGGCCCGCUCCGAGCGAAGACGUUCAAGAACCUUAGAAUAGGGGAAAAGAUGAUAUUCCAAGACAAGAAACUGAAGUCACAGUUCGCUAAACGGGUGCACGAUAUCGAUCAUAAGAACGUGGAAGAGUGUGCCAAGUGUAUCGAUAAAUUAAUAAAGAUCAUUGAAAAAGCGGCGCUUGCACAACAAUGAUGAUAAUAAAACGGUAAAUAAAUGAUAACAAAAAUACGGAUUAAUUUAGCGGACUUAGGUAUAAGAUAAUAUUGUAAAAAUAACUAAAUCGGGACAAAUAAAUGUAAAACGAACAAAAUAAAGACAAAUGUAAAACUAGCAGAGUGAACACAAAUAAAUGUAAAACAAACAAAAUGGAGACAAAUAAACGUAA